AUGAGUGAAGAAAAAGGAUUACCAUCGAAUUAUGAAACUCCAUUGCAGGUAGAUGAUGCAGUUACUGCAUAUCCUCAAGCUGAUAAUCCAUAUUACGAGCAUGAUGGCGUAGACCAAGUUCAAAAUGCUGAUAAUGCUGAUCAACAUGACCCAGCAGCAGCCAACGCCCAAGAUUACAAGUAUCAUGAAUACAAAAAUACAGAUUCCUCCUUAAUGCAAGGCCUUACAAGUGCUUCUACAAAAUCUGAUUACGAUCUUUAUUCAGAUAUGACAUAUGGCGAUGACCCACUUUCAUGGAUGAUAAUGUCUAACGACCCUGAUAAGUAUGUUGGCUUCUGGAAUACCCCUGAUUCAUUAAGAAACUUUAAUGAUAGUUCCAGACAGCUCAAGCAGCUCAAUUCGAAGUGGUGGGCCAUCCCAUUCCUCCUUAACUUGUUCAUAUUAUUCGUUAUCAACUGCUGUUCUUGGAAAAAACAAGCAUUUGCCAAGAUCCCUGUUACUAUCUUUAUUUGCUUUGUUUUUGUCCUCUUAAUUAUUCUUUACAACGUUAGUGAACAAUUCUUACCAGUUUUAUCUGCAAAAUACGGCAUAAUUGUUUCACUUUGCAUUCAUUUUAUUCUUUACAUCUGCAAAGUCAAAUUCAACUGGCCAUGGAUCUUCCUUAUCUUCUUCUUCGUAUUUCUUGGCUACAUUGUUCUUGUUUUUACCCAUGGCAGAGCUGAAUACGAUGCAUCUAUGGUCAAACUCAUCAAUUCCGGAGUAAUUCUCAAACCAUUCUACAUCAUCUUCAUCCUCGCAUCCCUUACCAUCAUGUCUAUCAUCACAGUCUUUACUUUAUACACUGCUUGGUCAGUUGACUGGAAUAGUUACGGAUUCUUCCAGUUCUACUUAAUUGUCUCCUUCUACAGUAUCGUCUGUGUCUUCGGAAACUGCUUCUACAUGAUAACUUCUUAUCUUUCCGCUAAAUUAUACCUUACCGGAGCUCAACCAACGCAGCAAGAUUUACUUCAUGCCUGCCGCCGUGCCUUCUACGACAACUUCGGUGUUGCAUGCAAACUUGCUCUAAUCCUUCCAUUUGUUGAGCCACUCCAUGCAGUUGCCAGAUUUGACCCAGCUCCGAUGACAGCUGAUUAUCCAGUGUCGCUAAAGCAGUUUGCUGAUCUUCAUCAAACAGUCGCGCGUACAGUUAUUAAGAUUUCAAGACAACUUGCAAGAAUAAUCAUAAAACCACUCGGAUAUCCAAACAGAAGAGCUCUCGUAUACUCAGCAGUUUACGGUAUCGAAUACAACGAAGCUUGCAAGCGCUAUGCUGAAAUUUGCGCAACAAGAGGAGCAAAUCUUGUUGACGAAGCCUACAAAUACGACGCACAACUCGCCUUCAAACAAUUCCACUUAGGAAUCGCAUUAACUUACAUUUUACCAGCAAUUGGCCCAGCUCUUUCAUUCCAUGGCUUGGCUUACGCUCGCGGUUUGUUUUUACUCUUCGCUCUUUACUUCACCCUCAGAACAAUCAUGAGAUCUUACCUCGAAACUGUUUUCGUUAUGUUUGGAGAACUUCCAGAGAACGCAAACAACGUAAGAGACAAUUUACGCGACGAACUCAUCGGAAUGUACCAGAACUGCGCAAGAAGUAUUAACAACGCUUACGACAGAGAUGCUGGCAUUUUAACUGGCCUCAAUUCUCAGAAAUACAGUCAAUAA